CUGCUCGCGACUAAUUGUGCGGUUUUUGUGCGUUUCUAAUACCAGUGCUGCUGUGAACUAACUCAAAAUUUAUACAGGACCGAAGUCUACCCACUAAUUAGCUUAUUUGCACUCUAACGUGUUUCGUUUAGUUGGAAGUGAACGCAGAGCAGGUUUUGUAGCCAAGCUCGCACGGCAUUGACGGAACCGAGUAUCUAGGUGCCAGGAGGAGUGUCUCUGGGUGCCAGACAAGAUGGCCUUGGCGUGCUGUCCCUUCGACAAGUCCCAUCAUGUCGAGGCCCUCGAGAUGGCCAAGCACAUCGAAACCUGCAGACAGUCGUUCCCGGGCGUGCUGAGGGUGAAGUGUCAUGACCACGAAGUGCCCAUCGAGAAUUAUUCGACGCACAUACUCGUGUGUGCCAGCGCUGAGAAUCUCUCCAAGUCGAAGAAAAAACGCAACAAGAACUCCAAAGUGAACAGUGACGCACCAGUUGACUCCACUGCAUCCACAGGGAACAAGAAAAACAAUUUUGCAAAGAACAAACACCAACCCACUUCUGAUCAUUUUUAUCCACCAGUUUCUAUUGAAGAUGCAAAGGGCAAGCAGAAGAAUAAAUUCCAAGCAGGGAAAAAUAGCAAAGAACUAAAAAACAACGCGAAGUCUUCAAAACAGAAAGCCAAAAAAGGUGCGGCGAAAGCUGAACCCAAAGCAAACUUCGUGCAAUCUCCAGACAAGAAGAUGAUGUGGCACGACGACUCUGACGACCUACCUGAAAUCCGCCCUAAACUUAAACAGAUGAUCGAUACUUCAAUUUUUGAACCCAAAUAUAUGAAGAGGAAUCAAACUAAUACAGUUGUCAACGAGGAGCAUGAAGCAAAAAAAGUCUGUGACGUUGAAUCGGAGACAAAUCUUCAGAUUUCUGAAUCAGUGACCGAUCAUAACUGCAAAAAUGAUUUUGAAUCUGCGCAAGAAACUUUACUUGGUGAUCAAGUGAUAGAAUCUGACAAAAUCAUUUCCCACGUAGAGGGAAGUGUUGCUGGAUUAGAAGACGAGAAUUUCACGAAUGAUGAGCCUAAAAGUGAUCACAUUGUACUUGAAACAGAACCGGAAGUAGAAACGUAUCCUGAAAGCCAUGAGCAUCAUCUUGAGAAUCGCUGUAUCGAAUUAGGAUCGGUUCAAACUGAAACCCUUGACGAGCAUUUCGUUAACGAUGGCAUGGUAUUGGCCAAAAAAGAUCCCGUCGAAUUUUCCAUAGAACAACUAACUGAAGGUGGCACUACCAUUCUAGAGAAGCCUUCUAGAGCAGCUCAGGAAAUCGAAGAAAUUUUCGAGGACGUCGGGAUUACAACAGGGGCUUGCAAUGACGUAGGAGGUCUUGAGGAGAGGAGCGGUUGUAACGUCGAGGUAGAGCUUGAAGAUGGCAAAGAUUGUUCUACUCUCGCUCCAUCAUCAGACAAUCAGCCGCGCCCCGGAGAAUUUGAUGCCAAGCAGCCGCGCCGCGCGUUGGAUAUUGUGCCCGAAGAGGUGGACGAAGAUGAGUACUCUCAGGAAGGCGGGAACGAUGUUUCUAAAAAAGUACAGAACAUGGAGGCAGGUCGCCUCAACUCGGAGAUGAUAGGUCAGAGUGACAAACUUGACCUCACUGGCACCGACGAAUGUCAUCGAAAUCUACAUCAAGUGAGCGAAUUGCAAAAGCUAGACUCUGAUCUCCAAGACAAUCAGAAGGGAAAUGAAAAUAACUCGGAAUUUAUCGAAAACAAUCGAGUACUUACAAGCAAAUUUGCGGCCUUGAAUGAAUUGGACGUUAUGCGUAUGAAUUUGCUGAAUUCUUCGCAAAAAGAACCCUCAUUACCUGUUGAUUCCACUCUUGGGAAGACUGAAUGGGAACAAUGCACGGAGCCUUUCUCCAUUGAAAUCGACGAGAAAGAGAAGAAGAUCGGAACUAAGUUAUUUUUUGAUCUCCCUAUUUACCCUUUGGAUGAGGAAUCAGCUAGAGGAGUUACAAUUCAAGGAUCUAUCUCUCUGUGUGAAACAAUCGAUCUGACAGCGGCUAAAAAAGUUGCGAAAGUGCAAGGAACAGCUGAGCGUGAUUCAGUUGAAAGUCGAGAUGACGGAAUGGAAACAAUGUGCAGCGAUGACGUUUUUGAAAACGAGGCUGAGGUCGGGACCGUCAGCAAAACUUCUGCUGAAAAAAGUUCGAAUGAAACGACCACUCGAACAGAUAUUUUCAUUCCGGAAUAUCUGACUGAAGGAGUUUACUACGAAUCGACAAAAGAAUUGAAUUUUCCUGUAAUUAUUAACUCGCAAAUGUGUCCUGUUGAAAAUGAAGCGUCAAACGUUCGCCUGGUGGAGUCUCAUGGCCCCAGGUUGUUUACCCUUAAUUCCUCGUCUGCGGAAUUCUACCCUCAAAACGUUGCGGGUGCCCCUGUCUGGUCGGACGAAGCACCGAACCGUGAAUCUGCCGAGAGUUCCGGCAUGCAAUGCGUUGGUGGCGAUGAACUGAUCGCACACGAGAAUCUACCCAAAGAAUGCGCUGGUGGCGAUGAACUGAUCGGAAAUGAUACUCUGCCUGAAGAUGCCAUUGUGGAUUUUAAUGCGGUUAUUUAUAUCCCAUACGGCACCAUCGAAAUGCCGGUGAUGCCGGAGCACACCAAUCCCUGUGAAGUUCGCUUGAAGAAAAUGCCCCCUGCUACCGCCAAGAAGUAUAAAAAUUUGCAGAAAGAAGUUUACAGGCUGAACAAAUUACUCCGGAAACCUGGCUGCAACAACACAGAGGAUAUAGAGCACAUGAAAUCCCAAUUGACAGUAUUAGAAAACGAACUGGAGGACUACUUGAACAAGUUUUUGGAUUUCCAAAUUUAAUUAAAUGAUUCGUGUCAACGUUUGAUGGACAACAGGUAGUGCAAGUAUGCCUGGCAAUGAAUGGUUCUUAUUAGCAAGAAAACGCAUUCUGUUUCUUCAUAGACCAUGGCAUUAAGUUUCUGGAUAACUAAUACAAAUGACGUAAAAUCAUAAUAAAAUUGGUUUUAACCACAUGCACUCUGUCAAAUUCAGUUACGUUCAGUUGGCAAAUAUUCGCCCAUGAAGUGAUAAGUUAAUGAUAUAUUUUAUAGAUGAGUUGACCAACCAUUUUUUGUACCGAAAAUGGAAGUUAGUCAAUCAUGUGACUGCACGUGACAACAAAUUCGUUAAAGGCGUGGAGAUUUUUUUUAUUGUGUUCACACAGCUGCACGUGGUGUGGCCUACUGCACGAGGUACUUCAAUUUAAUCGUAGAUUUUAUAAUAGUACAUUAGAAUAAUUUCUGCGCAACAUUGGGUCCUGCGCUCAGAAAACUUUUGUAUCAAUA